AUGGACCUGAUCGUUCACCCAUGGCUCGACGCGGCCGCAGCAACAAUUGGUGUUGGGCACUGGCUAUCCGACUCAACAAUGGCCACACAACCUGUGCGCUGCCAUUCACACAACGAUUAUUUGAGAACCGUGCCCCUUCUAGAUGCCAUUUCUGCGGGCUGUCCAAGUGUUGAAGCCGACGUGUGGAAUGAAGAUGAUGACCUAUAUGUGGCCCAUCGUCAUUUCCAGCUAGAGGCCAACCAUACGCUGGAGAGCUUGUAUCUCAACCCACUACUCGGUAUUUUCGACCGCCAAAGAGACACCUUCUCAUGUGGACAAGAGGUGCCUUGUCACUCCACCUCAACUGUGGAUGAGCCUUUCGCUGGAGUUUUCGAAGCUGAUCCGGAUCGGCCGCUGGUCAUCCUCAUCGAUUUCAAGACAGAAGGUAACGCUACCUGGGAAAAACUUCAAGGACAACUCGAGCCGCUUCGACGCAGAAAGUUACUCACGCAUUUCAACGGUACAGCUGUUGUGCCUGGCCCCGUAGUGAUUGUUGGCACUGGAAAUACACCAUUUGAUAAGAUAACAGCAAACAACACCUACCGUGAUGUCUUUUAUGACGCGCCAUUGGAUCUAUUAGCUGAUACGUCUCAAAUCUGGCCAAAUCCAAACAGAGCCCAAGUUCAAAACGCUCAACUACCGGAUAACUGUAUCGAGCAAGGGGUAUUGCCGAGUAGCAUUGAACGAAGACACCUAAAGGCGGAAGGAAGCAAGAUCUCGGAGAAAUACAACUCUCACAACAGCUACUAUGCUUCUGCUCAUUUCAAAAAAGCAGUUGGGCACGUUUGGGGUUCGCGAUUGUCGCAGGAGCAGCUGCAGCGCAUUCGGGCCCAGAUUCAUGGGGCUCAUCGAUUGGGUCUGAAGGCCAGAUAUUUCAGUGUGCCAGCAUGGCCUAUUGGGCUGAGGAAUCACAUUUGGCAUAUUCUAACACGAGAGGGCGUGGAUGUACUCAGUGUUGAUGACUUACGACAGGCAACUACAUGGGAUUGGAGGAAGAAGAAGGGUCUGUUCUUUUAG